GAAAUAUUUAUACUCUGUUAGGAAUGCAAGUAAGAAGGAAAAGAGGAAGAAUACGUAUGGCUGCAGAAGGGACCCAACAGCUAUUUGAUAUUUGCAAAAAACUAGUAAAAGACGAGGUCGACUUGAGUUCUUGGCAAAGCAAAAUUAAAGAAGAACUUGAAGAGGAAUACAUUGAUAAUGAUGUCGAGAACUUGGAAAUUGGAGAAACUGUACAACUCAAAAAUGUCGAUACCCAUUAUCAACAGUAUGAAAAGUUCAAUAAGGGCAUUCUGACAAUCGGUUGUGUGGGUCAGCCGAAUGUGGGAAAAUCGUCAUUGAUGAAUGCUGUGAUGGGCAGAAAAGUGGUUAGUGUUUCAAAGACACCAGGCCACACCAAACAUUUUCAGACGAUUUUUCUCACUCCCAACGUUAGAUUGUGCGAUUGUCCUGGUUUAGUGUUCCCUUCUAAAGUUCCAAGACCACUCCAGGUGCUGAUGGGUAGCUAUCCAAUCGCCCAGCUGAGACAGCCUUAUAUAACAAUUAAAUACCUGGCCGAAAGGUUGGAUUUGGUGUCUAUGUUGAGGAUUGAACAUCCUUAUCAAGAAGAUACUUGGUCUGCAAUGGACAUUUGUGACGGCUGGGCAAAAAAAAGAGGUUACCUAACUGCAAAAACGGCACAUUUUGAUUCUUACAGGGCAGCAAACAGUUUGUUGAGAAUGGCUUUAGAUGGAAAGAUUUGUUUGUGUUUGAGACCACCAUCAUAUACUGAGAAUAAAGAGUAUUGGAUCUCACACCCUGAAGUGAAAACUGUGAAAUGGAUUCAAGCUCGAUCACCAGAAGAUGAAGUCACUGAAAAAUUUGUCCCUUACGAGAGUGACACAUCAGAUUGCGAAAAUAUUGUGGGUGAUGAUAAAGUAGUAGGACAGGACUCGGACAAUGAAGAUGAAGAGGACAGUGAAUGCAGUGAAGAUAGUGGGGAUGAUGAAGGAAAUUUCAUCGGGACAAACAAAUUCGCACCACUAGGUCCAGAUGAGUAAUAUCAACUACUGAAUCAUUAUGAAUUUUCCAAUAAAUUAUUAUUCACUGUA